CUCUGCCUUUCAGACAGCAGAGGCCAGAAGACCAGGAGAUCCCCAUCGACACUGAGAAGGCCUCCACAGAAGCCUCGGAGUCUCCUCACACGAGAGGAGCAGGCUGGCAGGAUGCAUAAAGGGCGGCUGCGGCCACAGACAGGCCAGCUACCCCAGUCAGAGCUAGCAUCAGCCAUGGCCACAGAGCAGCAGACCAUACUGAGAGAAAGAGAAUUUAAGGAUCUUGAAGCUACCCAACCAUAUUGGUCAGGCCUGGAUACCAAGUCUCAGAGUCUGACUGAUGAUAGCGUGGUACCUCUGACACCCCGGCAACUGGCAGCCUUCCAGGAUGUCUUCAGGCUGUUCAGCUGCAGCCCAACUGGCACUGUGGACAUGCAGAGCAUGAAAGUUGCACUGCGCAACGUGGGGAUCCAGCUGGGCCCACAGGAGAUGUGUGAGGCUCUGCGACUGGCCGACUUGGAUGGUGAUGGAAUCGUAAGCUUCAAGGACUUCCUGGGUGUCCUCACUGACAACUACCGCUUCGCUCAGUGCAUGGGCCAAAUGAAGAGCAAUCGGGUCUACGAGCCCCCCGGCCUGCAAACCCUGUUCCUCGAGGUGCUGUUCAAGUUGCUGAGGCUGGGUUUUGUGCCCUCCAAAUCAGGGCAGGAGGUGACAAGCUACUAUUUCAAGAAGCAGCGGGCUCUGCGGCUGAGCACAAGCUCUAAGGGCCGGGUGCGCGGCCAGGGUCGGCCUGCGCGUACACACACCGGUCUCACCUUCUUCUGCCAAGCGGCGCGUCUCAGCGGCCUCUCCAGCUCCCAGCUGGCGCGCUCCCUGCACAUACUGUACAGAGCCGGUGGGCGCAGCCCCUAUGCUCAGAUUCCCAACCUGGCCGGGCGCCCGCGACUGGAACGCAGGAUCUCGAACCGAACCCCAGGCCCCGAAGUUCGCCUCCCCAAGCCCCAUCAGCCAAGCCGCCCCAAGCUCCCUCCCAACCUGGGACCACUCAGCAAAGGUCCCUUCCGCCCUCCCGUCGUGAUAGCGAGCCAGCCACUGGAGCAAAUGCGCCCCACGAAGCUGGCUCCCUCCCCGCCAACUCUAGUGCAGAAGCACCCCUCCUCCCCUUCGCCAGCCUGUUUCCAGAGAUGUGCUGUGAAGAGCUUGUACAAGUAAAGCGUUUGCUGAGCGAAA